CAUUGGCUUUGGAAGAAAGCCGUCGCCAGUUACUCUGCCGAGACCGAGGAGGGAUAGUCCCAUCAGAUAGUAACCAAACGAGGACACUUUCAGCAUGUGCUUGAACCCACGCCGGAGUCUGAGCUCUGGAUAUCCACUCGCUCUCUGUUAGACAUCUGUCGCAAUCCCGUCUGAUGGUCGAUCUGCAGUCUGAAGAUGCGUGCCAACAUUUAGCGAUAUCCUCACCGAUUGCUGUUUAAUGCAAGAAAUUCUCUAUGGCGUCUCUACAGCAGACAAAAAUACAAUCAUACCUGGAGAAGAAUAAAAUCGCACCCUUGUUUGAGGAGAUGAUGACCAAGCUAAUAACAGAGACACCAGACCACCCCAUACCUUUCCUUAUCGGCCAUCUGCAGACGAAGCAGGAGAGUCCAGGCAGGAUUCAGAGGACUCUGUCAGGUUCUGCUGCUCUGUGGGCUGAUAGCUCUCCAGAAUAUAGAGGCACACGACGAGACUCCAGGGGUAAUGAGAAACCCUGGCAGAUCCAUCCUAAAAAGCCCAAGAAAUCAAAGAGCGACCUGGCCGUAUCCAACAUCUCCCCACCCUCUCCUGAAUCUAAAUCAUUGCCUCGUUCAAUACUGCGUCCUACCUGGGACUGGAGAACCAAACCUGAGAGUCGAGACUUUGAUGAGCUUAACCACAUACUUCUGGAGAGUAAGAAACUUGGCAAGGCUCUGGAAAACCUUUCUCGAAGUAUUGCAGUUUCUGAUGACUUUGAUCUGGACCCCCGGGGAUAUAACUCUGUGCUUAGGCCGCGGGUGGUGGGCGAGUGGGUGGGCCGUGACGAGGACGAUUCAGACCCCCUUGCGGCUGAAAUGUUACAGCCUCCUGUCCCCAGAGCCAAGACUGAGGGCUGGACAAGCAAAGACAACAGUCCUGUUGGAAGCUUGAAAAUGGACUCAAAGAGUAAAGGUUUGAAACAGCAUCAACAGAACCAUAAGAAACUUCUGGCAGCCAUGUUGUCCCAGGAUUCAUUUGACUCCAUGCCUGACUCCGCCCCUUCAGUCACUGAAGAUGAGAUGGAGGAUGAAGAUGAUGCCAUGGAGCUGCUGGAGGAUCUGGAUGACCUACGUAUGGAGGGGGUCACUGGCUUGGUGCCGUCUGGCAGUAAGUUCAGCCAGGGCCGAAGCUCCUACUCGUCCGAGCCACAGGCCAAAGUCACUCUGAACAUCUGCUCAAGGUGUGCAAGGCUUCAAGGGGAUAGUCUGACUCCUGGAAGACCAGAAGAAGAACCAGGACAUCACGCAGAGCAAGCCGUGCCAGAAAUACCAUGUCCAUUACCCCCGGUGACAGAAGCAUUAACAGCAGUAGAAGAUCUACAGAUGGCCUCUCAGGUGACAGGGCAGCGUCAUCCAGUCUGGGCAUCGGAUGUGAAGCCGAUCAGAGGCACAAGCCCCCAGACGUCCAGACGUGCUCUGCAACUCCAGGACUCCCUCUUCUCUAAAGAACUGGAGAACAUGGGCAAACAUCUUGCCGAGGUGGAGAAAGAUUUGGCCAAGCUGGCAGAGCAGGGGAAGCUCAACCGGAGUCCAAACAGUCCUCACAGGAGCUUGCUUUUGACACCCCUCUUCCACACCACCAACAGCCAGCCUGUUCUCGGACAGACAUCCAGACCGCAGUCUCCCAGUAGCCUUUCCGCAAAGACCACAGGCUUACCCCUGCACAACACCAAGCCCACCACACUGGUCAUGGGCCGGACGUCUCCCAGUAACCCCAGCAGUCGUGCCCAGACCCCUAGCGGAGCACGGACUCCGAGCAGACCUAUGACCCCCAACAGUCUCAUGAUGCGAUCAUUUACUGCUGGGAGUCAUGGAAAUCCAGAGCGUGUGUAUGGACGCUCCAGAAGCCGGCCGGUCACGCCAACCGGACAAAUAACCAGGCCGAUCCUUACACCGCCAGGCCUGAGCACUACAGAUUUAUAUGGAGGUCUGUGGAGCACACUAACCGAGGAUGAAUUUUACAAGCAGUUGCAGGCGGUAAGAAAGCCCUGGCGGAUCCCUGGUGACACAGACGGCGAUUGUCUUGAACCGCCUGAGCAGGACAAAUGUAAUCCAAGCAGAGUGAGGGAUAGCAGCAAGAGAUCAGUGUUUUCAGGUUUGUAAUGAUGUGUGGAGAAGACACAGAGCCAAUCAAACAUUUAUGCAAUUUUAAGGGGCAUUUAAAUAUUUAACAUAUUUUUUUAAUUUUGACCAAAAGAAAGAUUGUGUACUUUUUCCACAGAUGCAAAUAUUUCUUAGAAUUAAAAAUGUGUUAUGAAGUACAACCAUUUGAAAUGAUAGAAUGUAAUACAGUAUAUGAAAAGCCUGCACUUGAAUUUUUUGUCUGUCAGCAUGCUUGUUGUCUGUUCAUCAAAGAAACAUAUUUAUUGCUGCCUUGCAUUAAUAAACACAAUUUAUCACUUUAGGUGCCAAAUCAAUAGUUAAAAAGGGAUUUUUUUUAUAAAUCUUUUCAAAUGAACUACAUUAUGGCAUAUAAGCAAAGAAAAUGAAUGUUCUUGUUUGUUUAAUGUUGUUGGACAUGCACAGCACUGCCCUGCAGCUGACCUCAGCAUGACACUUUCUCAUUUCCAACAGUAUUGUGUGUCUAAAACUAGUGAGGACAAAUUUUUAAAUAUAUACAUUACUUUGACUUUUAUACCCACAGAAAAAUGUAGCC